UCCAUAAUAUCUCAGGGUAAAAUUCGCUUCGAGUAGAAGAAAAAAUUGACGCUUAUUAUGUAAAUAUGUUUAUGCGAGAUAUGAUUUUUACUUAUCUAGUGCGCUCUUUUGCGUGCAGUAAUGAUAUCCUACUGUUCUUGAUUUUGAAAAAAUUCAAGGCAUUUUGUGCUGGAAUUAAGUAGGACGAUUUUCGUUGUCAAAGCAUUCGCUUGUAGAGCGUUCAAGCAGUGAAGAUCUUCACGGAAAUUCAGCUCUAUCAGUUAUAAAAGACUUGCGUGAUUAUGAAAUUGUCAGUCGUGGCUAUUUUCAUUGCUGGUUUUACCGUCGCAUUUGCUCACACAUCGCACACACAUCACCAUGCAUCUCACCAAAGUGUGGGAAAAAGUCAUUUGGGAAACCUCUGGCAUCACAUUAAAUUAAUGGCUACCCAUCCUGGAAAAGUCAUAGAAAACACUUAUCACAAAUUGUGUUCCAAUGACAAAUGUCAUGGUUUAGAAUGUCCAUCAUUUACGGUUAAAAAGAAGACUGAUGAUUACGAAUUGCGAUGCUACCCAUCUUAUACUUGGGUUGGAACAAGUUACAUAGGUAAGGAGCGCUCUAAGGAAACCAUAAGAGAUAUGUUUUUGAAACUGUUUCACUAUAUAAAUGGUGAUAAUGCAAACAAAACAAAGAUCGAGAUGACAGUUCCUGUAGCAACAAGAAUUGACAAUUUGGGCUUUAACACAAAGUGGACAAUGUUCUUCUUUACUCCAGAGAAGUACCAAACCAACACACCUUUACCAACUGAUCCUGAAGUGUUUAUUUAUAAAGCACCUAACGUGUGCGUCUAUGUCAGGAGUUUUAAUUGGUACAUGGGAGAUGCAAAGGUGAAAGAAGAAGUUGAGAAGCUUGCAGAUUCACUACUGAAUGAUGGCGUUACAGACUUCAUUCCACCCAGGACAACUUACAUUUCUGGCGGUUAUGACAGUGUGUUUACCUUGCCUUUCCUUCGUCAUAACGAAGUCUGGCUUGUAAAAAUUUCAGAAGCGAACUUGUACUCGGGAUGAAGUUCUCUGUCUGUGUGGAACAACUCAUUUAUUUUGGAAUUUUUAUGAACAAUAUGUUUCAUAAGCAAGUAUACACCUCUCUUUCUUUUCUUGCAUUUUUAAUAAAUGCAUAACACAA